AGUGCUGGUUUGCCUGGUCAAGCACGUCCACCUUAGUUUGGCCAAUCAAAUAAGUCGUUGCUUUUGUUCCGAAAUAAUUUUCUUAAUUGUUUUAUCCUUUUUGGAAUUUACAAGACUUCUGUCGUCAAUCCAAAUGAGAAGUUAAAAGGUUUUAUUCAACAUAUUUGGAGCGAAUGGAAGGGGUCGACAAAAAUAACUGAAAUUUCUCGUUAUAGCGUAGGAAAAAGAGUUAAUGAGGUCACGUGGUCAUUCUUUGGAAAAUGGCGGAUUGACCGUAGAUUCAACAUGCAAGCGGGAUUAUAAACGCCAAAAUACCGCUAGUCCGCAAAGCAUCCAACCCGGGAAACCAUCUCAUCGCACGAGGAACAUACCGCUGCUGUGCACGGUGCACAAAAAUCGUGGCAAAAUGAUAAAACGGGGUCGCGGGAGACCGCCAAAAUCUUUGGUUGCUGGAAGAGGAGCGGGAAGCAGCUCCUCACCCGCUGCCAAACGCAAGAACAUGGGCCGCGGUGGCGCGACUGGUUACGGGGACAGCGAUCGAGAAGCAGAAGACGGUGGAGGAGGAGGGAGCCCCGCUAGUUCUAGGUGCAGCACACCGAUGAGCCGCGCUUCCAGUCAAAUGUCGUCCCCUUCUUCAGCCAUCGGUAGAGGGAGAGGCCGUGGGCGUGGCCGAGGGAGGGGGAGAGGAAGAGGUGCAAGUCUCCUCACAAAAUCACCCCGGACACCAAGAGAGGCAGCUAGGAAAAGCAAGAGGCUGAUUCAGGAGGUGAUAACCUCUGAGCGAAGUUCUAAAGUGCAACCAAUAGAAAAGGCAGAGAAGGGUCGACGCAAGCAAAAACAUUCCAAACCAAAGCACAGCUCAGAUGAGGAGGAAGAGAGCAGUAUGGAUGAACUAGAAGCAGAUGAAGAAGACAACUAUGACCUUGACUCUCGAUCCUCUGUCUCAAAUUCCGAUGGUGAUGGUAACUUGUCAGAGUUCUCUGAGGAGAGCUCAUACAGUGAGGCCAGCAGUGCCCCGAGCCGGCGGAAGUUUGCCAGUCGGCUGAGCCUGCCACCCUCACCAACGUGGCUGGAGGAAAAGGACAUCCCUAUUUUGGAACUGCCCAAAAGUAGCGAUGACUUGCUCAUUGAGCGGCAGGACAUCACUGUGGCACUGGCCGUGUACGAGGUCCUGCGACACUUCCACCAGCAGCUGCGCCUGUCCCCGUUCCGGUUCGAGGACUUCUGUGCCGCACUCGGCAGUGAUGAGCAGUGCUACCUGCUCGCUGAGACACACACCUGCUUGCUGAGGGCACUCAUGCGGGAAGAGGAUGGCAAUGGCACCACUUUUGGACCCCAUGACCUGCGGGACAGCAUCAAUGUCCAGAUGCUCUUCCUGGACGGCAUGACCUGGCCCGAACUUGUUCGUUGCUACAUAGAGAGUGACAAAGAAUUCCUCUCCGUACUGCCUCAUGUUGAGGCCGACAACUACCCAUUCGCUGCAGUCCGCGACAAACUCAGAGUGCUCCUGUUCCUCUGUGACCAAUUUCUAGCCUCCAACAAGGUCAGGGAAGAGAUCCUCAGCGAGGGGGCUAUCACAUACGAUGAUCAUUGUCGCGCAUGUCACAAGCUUGGGGACCUCUUGUGUUGCGAGACCUGUACUGCAGUGUAUCAUUUAGAAUGUGUGGAUCCUCCCCUUACAGAGGUUCCAGAGGAUGAUUGGCUGUGCUCAGUGUGCAAAGAGCAUCGGGUGGACGGUGUCUAUGAUUGCAUUUCUGACGUUGAGAGGAGCGGCAUGUUGAUUCGCCAUGAGCCUUUAGGCUAUGACCGACAUGGUAGGAAGUACUGGCAUCUUUGUCGCCGUAUUUUUGUGGAGGGAGAGGGCGAGCUCUGGUACUACAGCAGCAUGUCCCAGAUUGAGGAACUCAUUGCUGCCUUAGAUCCUCUAGAAUGGGAAGGGCCGUUGUGUCGGGCCAUCCAGGAGUCCCUGCCAGAGAUCCGAGAGCAUGUUGCCAAGACUGCUGAGCUGACGAACAGCGCCAGGGGAAACCAACGAUCAGAGCUUCAGAGAGCAUCAGAUGAAAUUCUAGCUGCAAGGGCAGUCAAAGAAGAGGCAGAACGGAAAAGGCAGGAAGAGGCAGAAGAGGCACGACGGAAGCAGAUGGAAGAAGAAGAGCGUAGAAAAAGAGAAGAAGAGCAGAAACAGAAAGAGGAGCAAGAGAAGAUGUCAGAGGCAAAUGCAGCUGCUGAAGAGACUAAGGCUAGUGGGACCUCCCAGGCUGCUGAAAUAACUGCAACUGGUGAGGAGGCUAAUGCUGGCACUGAAGAGGCUAUGAAUGUUGACAGCUUGCAUAAAGAACAAGUACCUAAUUUUUCAGAGGCUGAGCCAAAGGCUCCUGGUGCUGAAACUGAUACGGAAGUUGAUGCCACAAAGGUCACAGAAAGCGACACAGGUAAGGAUGGAACUAGCAAUGUUCCAGUGCUGUCUGAUGAUGUGAUUCAGAAAAGCAGUGACACAAAGGAUGACACAGUCAGUGCCAUUAGUGAUAAUGUGAACAAACCAGGUGAUGACGGCAAAGAAGAAGUCCAGUUUCAGGAACCUGCUGUGUCACUGGCUGUCACAGCAAAGACUACACAGUCAUCAACCUCUGUCACGACUGUGGAGAAGACUGUGGUGACAGAGACAGUGGCAAUGGCAACCGCGGGUGGUUCUUCUGGAGAGACAGUCGAGGCUGUAACCUCUCAAACAGCAGUCCAGUCAGUGACCCAGAUGACAACAUCAGUCACCAGGGUUGAAACAGUCACUGUGACAUCUGCCACAGAAACCAAAACAAUUGCCAUGUCUGUCGCUGAUGAGGUAUCACCUAUGGAGACGGAUGAACAGGGCACGAGCAACAAAACAGAACCAGGGGAAAUGCUUGAAGCAAGCACUGAUGCUGCCAAGGACACUUUGAAAGGUGCCACUUCUGGAGAUUCCAAGACCUCAGAUGCUGCCAAGGAAGGAGAAUCCAAAGACCAAAGCGAUACCAAAGAAGUUGAGGAGACAAAAACUGAUCCAGCCUCAAAGACGCCGGCCAAGACGGGCAUCAUGACGCGCUCCCGCAACCCAAAUUACAAGCCACCUCCACCCAAGGCCACCCCUUUCCUGACCUACUCCACCAGUUUGCCAACUAAAUCUACUGUCACGACCUCCUCCAGCACGGCAAAAGUGACCUCCAAGACAGAGGACUCCUGCCUUGUGAUCAAUGCCAAGGGUCAAAUCAAACGGGUAGAAAGCAAGAAGGAAACAACCAAGGAGGUGACCCCCUCCGGCGUGACCACCCGCAGCAUGAACCCGGACAGGAUGUUCCGCCUGGGCAUGGAGGGCAACUACAAGCUGUACAAGAACCAGUACAGCGCCAACCCCCUGGCCCUCAACAAGCCCCAGCACGCCGAGGACCGAGACCGCCGGCGCUACAUUGCCCACAAGUUCAGCCUGUCCAGCUCGGAGCGGCUCAAGUGGAACGGCACAGUGUAUGGCAACAAGCAGCUCAUUGUUUCAACUUUGCGGCUGACCAUCACGCAGCUUGAAAGCCAGAUUCAGGCCCCCUUCAUGCACUCCAAUUGGGCAGUGCAUCGCAACAACUGGAUCAAGGCCGUCCACAUGUGCAACAAGCCCCAGGAGUUUGCCCUGGCCCUGUCCAUCCUGGAGUGUGCCAUGAAGCCCGUCAUCUUCACCCCGCUCUGGCUGGACGGCAUGGGCCACAUCCGCCUGAUCCGCACCACUGCCCUGGAGAGGGAGGAGAAAAAGAAGGCGGAGAAGAAGAGGCGAGAUGAGGAGGAUGACAUCUACAAGAACCCCAACAAUCACUGGGUCAAAUACACCUUCCCCAUCAAGCACUUGGUAUGGAAGCAGAAAGGGGAGGAGUACCGUAUCGUGGGGGGCAAUGGCUGGGCAUGGGUCAGCUCAACUCGCAGGAAUCGAACCUUACCUCCACCCAGCCCCGCCAAGGUAGCUCUUCAGCGAAGCAUCAAGGCCUACUCGGAAACACAUGUUGUUGGUGAGGAAUUUAGUGCCAGAAAGGAACCACAGCACUCCAAAGGUACAACUCCUCAGAAGCUGAAAGCUGCCAAACCUGCGUAUGGGAAAGACAGGGGAAAGAACAGAACUUCAAUAUCGGAAGACUCAGAUUCCAAGGAGCUGUCAUCAUCGGGAACGGAGACAGACGGAGACAAAGAGGCUAUCGCUGAGACUACUUGUGCAGAGACGAAACCUGUGGAUACCAAGGGCCAAAGGUCAGAUGAGGGCAAAGAUGAAGCAAUGGAGGUCUCUUUGUCAGAUGAGAAUAAAGAGACGCAAGAGAAGGAAACGAUAGGAGAGAAAGCAGAACUGAUGGACACAUCUGAAGAUAAAUCGCUGGAAACUGUUCCAGAAGAGAUAUGCAUAUCCACAAAAUCACCCAAUAGCAAAGACAGUGCCAUUGAAAAGGAUGAGGGCGGAAAUACUGACGAACAAGUGAAGGAAAAAGUAGAGCCCAUGGAGGUUACAGAAAGCAAAGAAGUACAGCCAGAAGAUGGGACAAGCGGUGCUAAGCAACCUGUUCUAGGACCUGGGGAUAAACCUGUGAUGACAUCAGAGGAAUCAUCUGUCGCUGCACCUGAAUCCCCAUUGCCAAAACAGCAAUCAUCAGAGUUGCCUAUGGAAACCUCAGAACCAAAAUCAUCAGAGUUGCCGAUGGAAACCUCAGAACCAAAGACACCAGAGGAGAAACUGAGCGGUGUUGCUGAAUCCAAGGCUGAUACUCCAAAGCAGGACAUAAAACCUCCCAAUGCAGAUCAGGGUGCCAUGCCGAAGGCUGGCAGAGCUCCACUGAAUGCCGAGUGGGACAGCCUGGACAUCAGCCUGGCACUCAGAAAUCACACUUUGUACCAUAAGAUCCCCUACCGCUCCAGGUUGGAGAGCUUUCUUGAAAGGAGGGUCCGGCAGGAGGAGGCGGUGCAGUUGCGCUACAAGGCCCAGGUGCAGAAGUACGAGACGUACAAGCGGAUCCUGAGCGAGAAGAACAGACUGAAGGUGCUACUGGACAAGCAGCAGGACAAGCCCGCCAGAGUGAAAGCUGAACCCAUGGAAACGGACGACAGCAAAUCAGAGGGCAAAACGGAGUUCAGCAAGCAGGCAUCUACAAUUGUCCUUGCCUCACAGUCAGACACCAUCCCAACCAGCAAGCCUGUUCAGCCUAAAGUUGAUGCUGAUACAGCCAAACCAGCUACCAAUGUGUCUACAUCAAAAGCAGCACAACAAAUCACAGUAUCACCAGCCAAGCAAGUGAGCGAGAACCUCAACAACAAAGCCAUCGUCGCUGUGAACAGCGUUAAUGCAAAGACCAAAACCCCUACCGCAGACGCCAACAAAACUUCAUUCUCCCCUUCCACAAACGAACUGCAGAAGCUCCCCCAGGCCAGCACCCCAUCAACUGUGUCUUCCUCUUUCCAAGCCGCCUACGAGAACAUGCUGGCCAGUGUGUGCAGCAUUCCCAAUGUGACAGCAUCACCAAAGAAACUUGUAAAAGAUGCGCCAGUGCCCUCUGCCGCACUCAGUAAAACAGUGGACACUAAGGUCACACUGCAGGACUCAACAGGUGGCGAGCAGACAGUUAAUAAAAAGCCCCAGCAAAUUUCAAGCCCAACCUCUUCCACCAAUCAGUCUCAGCCUGCCGAGCAGUCAAAUGGAAACAGCUGCUCCAAUGAAACAGUCACCUGCACACCCGCUUCAAAGGUUGGUACCGUUCCAGUAACAGCCAACAAUGCAUCUACCAACUUGGACUGCGCAAACCAUGCACCUGUGAACUCUCAAGCUGCGAGUGGCCAGGAAGCACUGCACAGUGGGCACAAUACCGAGGAGUCUUUCUCAACCAACGGGAUCCCAGCGGGUUUUGAAAAGCCGGAAAGCAAGAACCUGCAGGUUUUUGAGUUAACUGAAAAGGGAAAGUUAAAAUUGAUGGACAAUUCUGGAAGCGAUGUGGUCCAAGCUUCUGCUGCCAAAAACCUUGUCACUUCAGGACCAAGUGGAGAUGUCAACCACUCAGACAUGACCACCGCUGUAGCGGAAACAAACAAAACCCAUGAAUCUGUUCAUAAGAACCUUGUUCAUACCACAAACCAAAUCAUAAAACCCUCAGGUAAAGGUGUUCUUGAAGUGAAUAGAAUUCAAGAAUGCCAGACACAGGCGAAUGAGACAUUAAGUUCAGCUCAUUGUGAGGCUGUUUCCUCAAACUCGGUCAAAUCACCGAAUAAGAAAAAUAACGCAGUGAGUUCACCAACUUGUGCUAACCAAAUACCUCAGAAUGAUGUGGAGUCUGAGAAAACAGAAGUCAUUGAGAAGCCAACAGGUGCACCAGUUGAGGAACCUGCAAUACCCAUGGAAUGGACUGAAUCCAGUGACAAACUCAGGCAAACUCCAGUGCAGCAGUCUGACAGCCAGACGCAGCAGCAGCCGGAAGAAGACAAGACCUUGUGCAAUUCUGUAAAUAAUACACCGCCAGUACCUCAUGAGUUCCCGCCCGAAAAAGUGCCAUCUCUCCAAACUGAGCAGCACUUGGGCGGAGGAGACAGUAACAAAGACAUUACUCUUGGCAAAACUGAGACGUCAAAGACGGCACCUGGAACUUUCGUUAAAACCGAAUGUGCUGCCAAACCUGUAACGACAGAUUCUGAGAAACAAGAGGCAACGGAAGGAUGUGCUGCCACGUUAGGACAUGUAAAGUCGCAAGGUUCAGAACUGUCACUCCCAGCAAAUGUGGAACAUACUGCAGAUACACCCAGUCAGACCGCUGCAAGCAGUCCUCUUCAACAAACUGAAAAUGCCAAUGGCAAAGCAGUGAAUGAUUCUACCAAUAUUGCACAAGGUUCUAGCCAAAUCAGUAUUGCCCAGAAAUCAUCCACUUGUGACAGGGAUGCCGCCCCACUGAACAAGGAUGAUGGCGAUAGGAAGAUUCAAAGUAAUGAUGCAGUGCACGAGAAGACAGAAACUGAAAGGACUCAGUUGGCUGAAAUUUCAGACCAAGUGUUCACUGGAGCAGGGACACACAAUAUACCUUCCAAGUCACCCAUAAGGGUCACCAGUCCUCAGGGUAUUGAUACAUCCAAUGCAAAAUUGUUAAGCGAAUCUGUGGUUCCUGCAGUGAACAAAAGCCAAGGGUCUGCUUGUGAAACAGGCAGCAAAGUGUCAUCAGUUACAGGUGAUUCUGUGACAGUAGCCAUGACAGGUGACAGUGUGACGUCACCUGCCGUAGGUGUUGCUGGCAAGGUGACAACAUGCACAACCAGCCCUUCCGUUCAUGAAAGGGUGGUCACCAGUGAAGCAACAACUACAACAUCGGGUGUGACGAGUGGCAAUGUGACAUUAACUGUGACGAGCAAACCGGUGUCUGUCUCAAGUCCAAAAAGUACAGUUCCUCCAAGCCUGCCAACACCUAGUGUGACAGGAGUUAGCACCACAGUGCCAGUCACAAACCAAUCACAGUCCAGUACCAUCAAACCAUCUGCCCCACCAGCACCGACCAAAGAUAAAGUCACCUUGGUGCCAAAACAGGAUGGUAAGGUCUUGAUAUCAGAAAGAAUUUCGCAGCUUGCAACUGGUGGACUUGCCGUGAAAAACACCACUUCGCAGGUACCCCAGAAAACAGCAGCAGUAUCAGAAGCUGUCAAAAAACCCAACACAGGAAGUGUCGCACCUCUCAUCACUGUUAAAAAGACUGAAAUACUUGGGUCAGACAGCAGCUCAAAGUUGAACACCACAAAGAUUGUACUAAGUCCUGGGGUAAAGCCAAAUGUGAUACAGGUGCAGAAAUCCCAAGUUCAAGGGGUUAAACAGGCAGAUGUUCUGCAGACCCAUGUCAGUGCCAAAGGGAAUGUGUCAGCUUUACCAAAGAUAGUCCAGCAAGGGGCUUCACCUCAGAGACAGCAGAGGAUAGGGAUACUCCAGCAGAGUGCAUCAGGGCCCAAAGUGGUGUACAUAUCAGCCCAGGGCAUGGUAACUUCUACCCCUCAGAGCUCUACUCAGAAAAUCACCAUCUCAACUGCAACAACUCAAGCCAAGAGUUCUGCAGCCCUAUCCAGGGCCACACCAGCCAGUUCGCCUGCUGCCACUUCCUCCAGGAACAGUCUGAGUGCCUCCCUUCCCACGUUAACUGCCAAUGGGAUUACCCCAUCCGCCUCCCAGCGGGUCCAAACGAGCAACCCCACCCCCGCUGUGGUCACAAGCACAGUGGUGAAGAGCACCCAAUCCACCAGUAGCAUCAUGACCAAGUCGGAAACCAUCACCAGAGCUGGCCCAUUAGUUUCCACCAUCAGCACCACAGAAACCUCUGGUAAGAAGACCAAUGCCACCAUCACAGUAUCUUGUACCUCCGUUGGUGGCAUCAGCAUAUCGUUCUCCGACAUCAGCACCAAGAUCAAGGAGAUUGAGAAGCACCUGAAGGAGACCAUUAAGAUGCCGGAGCCGCCACGGGUGUGUGACCCUUUCCGCUUGACUGCCAAGGCCACGCCCGGCUCCGCACGCCGGCCCGCCCAGAAGAAGAUCGCCAAGCCCCUGCCCAUGUGCCGGAAGUUUGCCACUCGCAGCAAGCUCAAGAGCAUCCUGAUCCUGCCCCCACAGGAGCUGAGCAAGCUCUGCCGGCGGGGCGGCCGCUAUGAGGUUCAGGGCUUCAACUACAAUGCCAAGAAUGUGGGUGACUACUGGCCUUACCCGGCACCCCGGCCCACCUUUCAGAUCUGCUGGCGCUACCGCCUUCAGACAGCCUCCUCCUUCUCUUCAGUGGGGCUGAUGCUGCACGUCAUCUGGGCCAGCAUCCGCUGGGAGGACAUGGCCCAGAAGCCUCUGCAUGGCAUCACCCACACCAUCGAGACAGAAGAUGAGAGGAUCACCACUUCCAUUUGUAAGAAGCGGGACAUCCAGCCAUCAGGUUUGAGGUCAGAGUAUCUCAUUCGACAGACUGUCUGGCCUAUGGGCAAAGAUGAGCAGGAAGUAGCAGUGCACAAGCCUCAGCGCUCUGGCCUACGGUCCAGCUCUGCUCCUAUCAAGCCUCCCGAGCCGGUCAAGCCCAAGGGUCCACAGGUCAUCGAAACCUGGGUCAAAGAGGAAGAGAUGGAACUCUGGGAGAUUGCCCAGUUUGGAGAUUGUAUGCAAAAACUGGCCCGGGAGAAACACCAGCAAAUGAACAGCAAGACCUCCCAGAGUGCUAAGGACAGCAAGCACACUACCACCACCAAGGGGUCAUCUGGACCAAUCACAGCGCAGCAGGUCAAGGACCAGUUGGAGGAACAGCUGAAAAACCAGCGACUCUCUGGACAACAGAGGAGGUUCCAUCAACUUGCUCCGUCCCCAUCAACGGGAACCCCCGUCACCCCUCUGCCCAACAUGACCACCAUCAAGACAGCCACUCCCCGCAGUGUGGCCCCUCUUACCUCCACUGUCCAGUCUGCAACCACCUCCUCUUCCUCCUCCUCCUCCUCCUUGGACACGCCCAGCCGCAAGGGCGGGGCCCGCAAGAAGGGAGCCACCAACGUCGCACCUACCAUUGCCAAGAAGGUGAUAGGGGCCAAGGACAUAACCCCGCGGGUCCUGAACGUGUCCGGCAGUGCUACUCUCCAGGGUACCCAGCUAGUGCAAGUAGGGCAGGGCCAGAGCCAGGUGAAGACGUACAACCCAACCAAGUUUGUCUUUGCCUCCACCGGUGCUACAAUUGGCACUCCCACCAUCAUGACGACCGGUAUGCAGAUCAAUACUACACGUUUUCCAGCAUACACCACCGGCACCCCAACCUCCAAGGUCACUACCAUCACCCCCAAAGGAGCCACGGGGGUCACUGUGGCCGGCAGGACCCUGUAUGUCAGGACCCCACAAGGCGGUGCAAUCCCUGGACAGGCUGUCGUGAAUGUAGCAACACCUGGCAAACUCCCAAUUCAGUCGACCAAUCAAGUCAUCCGGCCAGCCGUCCCGGCAGUUGUUACACCCUCCUCUGCCACGCCCGCCGCCACACCUUCCACCACCCCCGCCCAGACGCAGCUCUCCGGCCAGGCACACGUCUUCACCGCCCAGGCCCAGUCGGUCAUGGUGGGCAACCAGCGGUUCGUCAUCACCCCAGCCCAGGUGCAGGUACAGGGCACCGGCCACAUGAUGGCUGCCCAGCUGAUCCAGACCACGACAGCGCAGGGAACGACACUGCAGCGGUUGGUCUUGACGCCCAGCGCUGCCACUGCUGCUGCCACACCUGGUCAAGCAAGUCAGCAAACUCCUAGCGUGCCUCAGCCACUCAAUAUUCAGGCCACCCUGCAAGCCUUGCAGCAGCAGGCCCAAGCCCAGCAACAGCAACAGCAGCAGCAGACGACGGCCCUGCCCCAAGCUAAGGCUGCCCCUGCCACAGCCCAGGCCCUGGCCAAGGCAGGUGGCGGCACCAGCAACCCGCCACUAGACUUGCAGCAGCGAUUGCUGCUGGCCCAGCAGCAAAUGCAGCAACAACAGCAACAACAGGUGCUGAAAGCCCAGACGCCCAAGCCUGCUACACCCAAGUCGCCCACCAAGAGGCAGUCAAGUGCCCAGAAAAAAAAGCAGCAGCAACAACAGCAGCUGCUCAAACAGCAACAGCAGCAGCUGCAACAGCAGCAGCAACAGCAGCAAGUGCAGCAGACCCUAGCCCUGCGGGAGGAGCAGCUGAAGCUGCAGCUGCAGUUCCAGCGGGAGAUGGUCAAGCAGCAGCAGAGCAUCCGGGAGGCGGCUGAGCUGGAGACGUUGCGGGCCAAGCAGCGACUCAUGUCACCCACGGAGAAGGCCGAUCACCAAAGGAUGCUGGCAUGCCAGCAGGUCAUGAAGAACAUCCUGGACCGCAUCGAGCGGGAGGAACGUCAGAACCUGAAGCGCAAGCGCAAAGAGGAGACCAUGGCUGAUAAGAGGCAGCGUGUGGCCUCUAACAAGCUAGUGGGCUUGCUGUACAAACACAAGGAGGCCCUCAAGAGGGAGAUUUUAGCAAAGCGAGAACUGAUGGAACAGAUGCUCCUUAAGGAAGCCCAGGAUGAGAUUAAGCAGGCCACCAAAGCAGCCAAGAAGCGCAAACAGACCGAGGAUCCCACGGCUGUCACCAAAAAGUUGUCGGACGUCUCCAAGUCCAAGAAGAGGAAACUGAUACACACGUCCCCAAGCUCCAAGUCCAAGAAGGAAUCCAAGCGAGAGGCCAGCAAGGCUGACACCAAGGAGACCACCAAGGCAGUAGUUGUCCAGGAGGCAGAGAGACAGGAAAUGAAAGUUGAGGUGGAGGAAGAAGAGAAGCCUACAGCACAGCAAGGAGAGGAGGAGGAUCCAGAGAAGCUGUACUGUAUAUGCAAAACACCCUAUGAUCCAUCAAAGUUCUACAUUGGCUGUGACAUGUGCCAGAACUGGUUCCAUGGCACCUGUGUCAAUAUCGAUGAGGAUGUGGCAGAGAGCAUGAAUGAGUACAUUUGUGACGAGUGCUCCGCUCGCAGGCAGGAAAAUGAGGAGGACCUGUACUGCCUGUGUAGGCAGCCCUACGAUGAGACGCAGUUCUACAUCGGCUGCGAUCACUGCAACGACUGGUUCCACGGCCGCUGCGUCAACAUCUCCCAGCGAGAGGCGGAGUUCAUCGAGAACUACAUCUGUCCCAGGUGCCAGUCGGCCAAGACUCAGAAGAGCCAACGGAAGCUGGAAGGGAAGGACUUUGAUCACCUCAAGAAGGUCCUGAGGCAGCUGCAGAGCCACAAGAUGGGAUGGCCAUUCCUUGAGCCUGUGAGUGAUAUUGAUGCACCUGACUACUACACAGUCAUCAAGGAACCAAUGGACUUCUCCACCAUCGAGGACAAGCUGAAGCGGAAGAAGUACACCAUGCUCCACGAGUUCAACAGUGACAUCAGCCGUGUCUUUGACAACUGCCGCUACUACAAUCCAUCCGAUUCCUCCUUCUACCAGUGCGCCGACGUCUUGGAGAAGUUCUUCAUCCAGAAGAUGAAGGCUUUCAAGGAGUGAAGCGCUGAAGUCUCGCUGCUCCAUUGCCCCUCUUUGGGACCGGUUGACGGUGCCGUGCACAUAAGUCAGCCGCAGAUCACGGAGGAGCCACUGGGAAUUCAUCCACUUUGGGACCCUACUCACAUUAAACCCGAGCAAUUCUUCAAGUCACCGAAUGGCACACUGAUGUUGCAACUUUCUGUUGAAGGUGCAGAAGAAGAUGAUUGAAAUGUGCACCUCAUUGCACUUCACGUGCAAAGGGAAUGGAAGAGGAAAGGACUUUCAGUGUGAUGGUAUUUAAUGGUCAAGUGCACUUUCUGCCAAAGCUUUUUAUCAUGAAUUGGAAGGUGUUGUUUACUCCGGUUUUGUUCACUCCAGCUGGUGUUUUGGGUAACAAAAACACCCAAAGUGUCCUCCCUCUACAAAACGUGGUCUUUGCACCAUUUUCGUGUGGGGUAAUGCACAGAGAACAUUGAAGAACUUUGAACUCAAGGACAACCGUGAUAGCUUUUGCGGUAAAACAACAAACCGAAUUACGGACCAUGUUUUGCACGCAUGAUAGAUUCUUCCAUUUUCCUACUUUUGUGGUCACUCUUCUCUGUAUAAAAUACUGUAAAAAUAACUGAUCUGAGAAUUAAGAAAUUCAGGUAAUGUUUACUGCGAUUAUCUUGUAUUGGCCACUUCAGAUAGGCCACUUUAGAGUGUAUAUAUUAAUUUCUGUUUCUUGGUUCAGUACAGCUGUUGUUUUACUGCACACUUUAAAUUAUUGCUGUACAGAAUUUCAAGACAAAUUCUUGCAAAUGUAAACCAAAAACGAAAUUCAGCCACACUGUUUUGUUGUGUGAAGGUCCCAGGAAGAUUGCAUGUAUCGUAUUGUAAUAGCUUCUCAACAUUGCUGGAGAGGUCCCCUAUUUCUCCAGACAUGUACAUUUGUAUGUAUAUAACUAUAUUUACUUCAGAUUUAUAGCAUUUAAGCACAUUUAGUGUGAAUUGAUAUGACAUUUAGUCAUACAGAUGUCAUUAAUGGAAUUCAGGUUGAGAAGGGACUUAUUCCUUUUGCCAGUGUCAUGGUGUAUUGACUGUCGGCACAAACAGUUCUUUUCUUGUAUUGUGUGGGGGUCAAAUGUGAACAGGGUCUGUAAUUGCUUUUCCUGUGUUUAUCCCCCUUAUUUAUUCAUGUGUCUUUUCUCUUUAGGUUUCCUUCUGUGUGGAUGGAUUGUUGAUUGAAAUUUGGAAGAACUGGGUCGUUGAUAGAUUCAAGACCUCAGUAGGUUCAGAGAUAAAAAUAUGAAAAUUAGUUGUUCUCAUCCCAUGAGUUUGUGGGUUUUUUACACUCUCUAUUUUGUUAACGUCAGUAAACGUCAUGGGGGAGGGGUAGAAAGACGUGUAAAUGCUGAGUGUAAGAAUUAUCUGCACAUAACUGAACAGGUCUGAGAUUGCAAUCAUAUUUUGAGGAAAAAGUUUCCACACAUAUUUUACAUUUUUGAAGGAAACGGAAAAAAUGCUUGAUUGGGUGCUUGAGAAUAUUUUUACAGGGAACACAUUUUGCACCUAUGAUGAGUAGGAUAUUUAUUUUCGUAAAGUUGUUCUCAACGGAGUGUGAUGUGUAAAUCUUAACAUGGACUGAAUUAAUUUUAGGGAAACUGCAGACGUGUAGACAAACACUGGGGAACAGAUUCUGUAAUCCUUUAAAUUAGACUUAUUUCUAGUAAAUAUUGAGCAGCAAUUGUAAUGUUAUUUAUCGUGUUGACAUAUCUGAUGUGCGGAAUUGAAAACUAUGACUCUUUCAAAAUCCCUCGUUCAUGAAAUCUGUAAAUAAUUCAAGGAAGUUUUACAAAAGGGCACCUUUUUAUACUCACUGGCAUUAAAUGCACUCAUCAAAUGAAAUAACAGAACACCUUUUCUACCCCAAGAAGUAUUGUAUUGUUUAAGGACCAGUUCAGAAGUUGAUUUCAUUUAGUGAUCAAAAUUGUGUACGGUGGACACUUUGGUUGUUUCUUUUUCUCUUUUUUGUGUGUUUUGUUUAAGUCACAGUUAUUGUAAAUAUGAUUUAUUGGCAUGAUUAAAAUAUCGGACCAGGCGUGGGAAGAAACAGUUCAUCAAA